GUUGUGUCGAACGCGAUGGGGGAUCCACCCUGGGUACCGUCGUAUUUUAAAAUAAUAAAUACAAGCAAUGGAUACAUUUCUGGAUUUGUCCAGACUCAAAAAGAAUUGGAGAGUCUGCUGGAGGUCCACUCAAGGGCCACACUGACAUCGUUUGUCAAAUGGUCUGAACACAUAAAAGAUGGCACCAAAGAGAGGCAUCUAUGGCAGGUGGAGGAUUUCAAUGAAGACACCCCUCUAUGUGUAAAGAAAAGAAUGGUCCUUGCUUGUCAGCAUGGCAAAGCUCGACAGAAAAAAGAAAAGGAGAAACGUUCAGCAGAGCAUGUAUACACAAAAAAACGUUUUCAUGUCCAAAAUGGGAAGAAGUUGGACUGCCCAGCUAAACUUUUCAUUCGGCAUGUGCUGAGAUAUGACUCAUUCAGUGUGAGAGGGGAUGCCACAAAAUCCCAUAAAGAAGACACUAUGAGAAAUCUUAAGAUAGCACUUCAAAACUCAGAAAACCCACCAACCUCUACAUUCAUUCAUCUAAAAAUUCCUCUAUUGGAAGUUCACAAUCAUACAAUUGGAGCAGGAUCCUGUUUUUCAAGACCGAUCCAUCCAAAACUAAAAAAACUCAGGUGAUGGUCGGACAAGGGAUAACUAAUAUAGCUUUCGUGAAGAGAGCCUUGAAGCAGUAUGUGCUAAAUGACUUGUGUGGAGAGGAUCUCCAGCGGCCGCACAACAACGAUGAAGCAUAUUUUCCAUCGAACACAACUAUCCAGAAUCACAUUCACAUGGCAUUAGUGGCUGGUCGUUACUCUGCGCUGGAUCAGGAGAAUCUUGCAAAGAAAGUGGCAGAAUGGAAGGUUGAAGAUGAGGGCAAUCGUUUCUUCUUUAGAAAAUGCACAAAUGGAGGAGAUGAAGAUCUAGAGCAUCAGUUUCUUUUCAUACAUCAGCACCACAAACAAAGCCAGUUUUUUUUGGUUGUUCGAACCAAUGUUGGCUACAAACCUGUAGCAGAGUUUGUAUGUGAGAGUGAAACUACAAAGUCCAUUGCAGAAGCACUGGACAUCUUGAAGACAUGGAAUCCUCAGUGGACUCCAAAGUACUUCAUGACAGAUUACAGUGAGCAAGAGAUCCAGGCCCUCGCCCAAGUGUUCCCCACUGCAGUAACACACCUAUGUGCAUUCCACAGAGAGCAGGCCUGGCUCCGCUGGACUAAAGAUGGAAAAAACAAGCUUGCCGACAGGGAGCAGAGAGACCUGUUGACACUUCUACGCAGUAUUGCUUGGGCCAGGACAGAGGAGAGCUGUUUGUUAGCAUUAGGGACAUUGAGGGACAGUUACCUAUAUAAAGACAAUCAACAAGUGAUGACCUAUGUUGAGCAGAGAUGGCUUGCCAUCAAAGAGAAAUGGUGCAGAGCCUAUGCGCCAGAGGCAUUUAAUGUGUCAGUCACCACCAACAAUGGAGUUGAAACCAUGAAUAAAAAUCUGAAGGCAUUCUACCUGAAAAUCUCAGGUACUGGGACUCUCUCUUCUCUACUGGGAACAGUUGUUCGAGAAUUUAUUCCUGACAAAAUGAAAGGCUACGAGCGGCUGAAUUACAAUCAAUCCACAAGCCACAAGAGCUACAAUAAGGAUGUACCAGAGCACCUCAAAAACCGACCAAGAGAUGUGGUCCUCCACUGCUUGAGAAGCAUCAGUUCUGCUUCCCAUUUCACUGCUCAAGAUGUUGUGGAUAAAGGUGAUGGUACAUACCUAGUCAGAAGUGAGCAAUCUCCCCUCUUUUACUCCGUCAACCUUAGAGGGCCGUUGUGUGAGUGUGGUGCAUUUCAAGAUUCUUACCUACCAUGCAAGCACAUGAUUGCCAUUUUUAAUUUCACUAACUACUCAUGGGAUUUUCUCCCUUCAACAGGAUGCUAG